GAUUCUGUUAUCGAAGCGAGCGGGAGUGUAUUUUGAUCACGUUGGGCCGAACUGUUGAGAGAUCUUGAAUUCCUCAGAGUGGAGAAAAGCAUAUUGUUGCAGAUUCCGGAGUGUUCACUGCAUCGUCUUGCAUUCUAGUGUCUGGGUGGAAUUUUCCGUGGAGAGAAAAGUGCUGAGCAUCCUUGAAGAAGGGUGUGUGAAUUGAAGAUUGUGCGUCAUCCUUUUGUUGUUCUCAUCACAGCGAAAAAGGAGCUUACUUGAGCCAGCCAAAAUGGGAUUAAACGGAUGUUGUGGAGUCAUAAAGUAUCUCGUGGUCUUGGUCAACCUCAUCUUCUGGCUCGUUGGAUUGGCCACAGUUGUGCUGGCGAUAUGGAUGCUCACAGAUCCGACCUUCCUGAUUUCCAUGACACAAGAUGAGAAUCACUACUACAUCGGAUUGUACAUCUUCCUGGCGAUCGGCGCUCUCAUGCUCAUUGUGGCAUUCCUGGGAUGCUGCGGCGCAUUCAAGGAAUCCCAAUGCAUGCUCGUGUCGUUCUUCUGCUGCCUGCUGAUCAUUCUUGUGGCUGAAGUAGCCGCCGGAGUCUGGGCAUUCCAGAAUAAGCAGGAGCUUAGCAAGAUGGUUCAGGCGUCCGUGAAGCACACCGUCAAGGAGGAGUAUGGCAUUAUCAACAGCAGAACCAUUGCCUUUGAUGCUAUUCAGAAGCAUUUUGAGUGCUGUGGAGCAAGUGGACCUCAAGAUUGGGCAUCAAGUCGUUUGAACACAAAGGGAAAGGAUGGCGGCUUCUUGGACAUGAAGAUCUCAAGUCUCAAUCCAUUGUACACAAUUCCCGAGUCUUGCUGCAAAAAGGGCACUGAAAAGCUUGCCUGUGAAACAUCUGUCAAAGGUGGAAUAUCAUCCUACAUCAAUCCCGCCAUAAAUUCUGAGGGCUGCGUGGACAAAUUAGUGACGGCGCUGAAGGAAAACAUGCCGAUAGUAGUUGCUGUCUUCAUAGGUAUCAUCACUGUUGAAGUGCUGGGAUUGAUCUUCUCACUCGUGUUGUGUUGUGCGAUAAAACGCAACGAUCACUACAAAGCCUAAUUUAUCCCUCUAUCUCUUAUGACACACUCUCUUCAGAUAAUUUUAAGCAUUCUCCACAAUGUUUCUCAUGAGAUUUCACUUUGUUCCUUAUCAUUUGAGACACCAGGAAUAUUUAAGGACAAUAUUGAAUCUCCUGUGAAGAUUAUCUUACUCUCCCAAUGAUUGCAACCUGAAUUUUUUUCUCUAUAUUAGGAGAAAACUCUCUGAAUUAUGAAUUGAAUUCAUUCACCAAUUAAUAUUGGUAUAAUAUUUCCACUUUUUUGUCCACUUUACCAAGGAAAGCAAAUGUUUCUUGCAAUUGAAUAAUGAUUAUGAAUGUUACCAAGGCAAUUGCAAUAAGAAUUUGCUGUGGAUUUUACUGAAUUAGGAAAAGAGGGAAAACACGAGAUUUUUGUAGUGCCAAAAAGAUACACAAGAAGACACUGUAAAGACAAACUUCCUGUACGGCACAAACUUUUCUCUUAUAUUUGUUACUUUUUACUAUCCUUCUAACACAUUUUUGAACAAUGCGCUCAAGAAAUUUCACCACAAUGUCGAGAAAAAUCGAGUGAAAAGUCUCUAUAUUGCAAAGAAUUAAAUAUGGUUGCAGAAGAAAUAUAAUGAUAAUAUAUAUUUAUAACUUAAUGUUAUUGAAUUAGAGGAUAUCGUUAUUUUAACAUGAGAAAGUCGCUCCUGAAAUGCAAAAGAAUGUGGAAAAGAUGGAAGAAAAAGUGAGAGUUACAAAUUUAGGGGUAAAUUAUAUAUAUUUUUGACAAGGAAAAGAAAAGCAAAGAAACAAGAAUUGAAGUGAACUCUAGUGAAGCGGAGUGAAAUACACACAAGAAGAAGAAGAUGAAGGAAAUAUGACGAGUCAAAAUUGUUGAAAUAAGAAUUAUAUUUUUAUGCUUCAUGUAAAAGAGAGAAAUAAAAGUAUGUAAAAUGUGUUUCUCGUAAGUGUGAAUAUUGUAUAAGUAUAAUAUAUUUAAUGAAAUGAAAUGCAUAAUUUUAAAUGUGUAUUAACUAGGGUUUAAUUGACUUCUUUGGCUUUGCAUAAAUGUAAUACCAUUUUUUUUGUACUAAACUAUACACUAUAUACUUUAAAAUGUCUUACAAGAAUCGAAUUCAAGUCCAAAUGAAGAAUUUCUCGAUAUUUUCCUUUUUUGUAAUCUUUUUGUAUGAAUUUUUAUUUUACUAGAAGGAAAAAAAAUCCACUGUUUUUACCAACAAUCUUUACACACAAAAAAGCUGAAAAACUGAUAUUUUUAUAAUAGGCGAACCAAAAUGUGGACAUUUAAUGAGCAUUUUCAAUUGACUAAUAAUAUUUAAAGAGAAGAAGCUAAAAUGUGUUCAUUGUGUCAUUUUUGUGAAUAGAUGUCUCUCUAUAAGACGAAUAAUGACGAUUACUAUGGGAAAUACAAAUCUUUUCGAAACAGAAAUCUUUGUAAAAACUUUUUAUCUUGUAUUGAAGCAUUUUUUAUACGUCAGUACAACUUUCAUCAUUUAAGUUUUUGUGUUAAGUUUUGCAAUACAAAGUAUUCUUUUAAUUCACACGCAUAGAUUCAGUGACAAACACUAAUUGCGAAUUAUGUCGUCUCAUAAGUAUAAAUUUUGAAGAAUUCAUGUGACCCGUAGAUUGACAAAAGAAGAAACGUAUUAAAGAUAGAAGAUUUUAGCGUGUUCAAUACUCCUUUUCCUCUUGCUAAUCAUUCACAAAAGUGAUUUAUGAAGAUCAUUGAAAUCAUUGUAGUAAUGGAUAGGAAGUUAAGCAAAUGAAAUGUGUUUGAAAACUCAUCCCCAAGACAAACUUAUAUGUAAUGGAUAAAAUAAAAAAUAAAUAUGGAGAGAAAAUGUAAUAAUUAAAAUUUAAAUUCAUCAUAAACUCAGAAGAAAUGUAAUAUUUGUCAUUAAACAUAAAAAUAAAAAAGCUCUCUAUGGAAA